CACUUAACCCUAAUAGUUGAACGAGUAGGAUUCAUACUUCAAUCUUGGUAACGAUCAAUUUAAAGGACUUUUGGUUCUGCUUUGGAAGUGUUUAUGGUUUAUCCCCUGGGUUGUUGCAGUUUACCUUGGGAAUACAGGUCAAGACAUGGGUGUUUCAGAGUUGAGCGGAAAACGGUCAACACGGCGUCGUUUACAGCACGGCUCUUUAUUAAGUGUUCACUUUGACCAUCAACGUUUACUUGCAGUACUAAGAGCUGUGUUCGCAUCAAAACCCAACCCCAGAAUAACUCCGAGUAAAAAAGCCCAAUGUCAACAUGGAAAUUGUAGCAACUGUAGCAGCUGUUUGUGAUCCUCCCAACACGGCCGUGUGUGUACAAGGUCAACGAGGCACAUGAGUGGGCAGUGAAUUGAGUUUCUACCCACAGUGAGAACAGCAGUUAUGCCCUUCUGUCAGUCGGGGGGCUGACUCAGCGUGUGUCUCCGAGUCCCAGGGUGUGGACACUGCACUGUCUCUACUCCAUCGCACUGUGGCUACUGUAUGUAAACCACGGCUCCUCCUAGUGUGUACUCAUACACACAAGGAAUCUUCAAUUUUUUUUUCCUUUUUUCAUACAAAGAUGCCAACAAGGGCCCUAGUCAAACAAGGAAGGCUCCAGCUUGAACUGCGGCUGUCUAGGCGAGCGUGUCUAGUCUACAUAGCUGGCUGCCUUGCUCGCCGCUGGGUCGGGGUCAUGCUCCCCAAGUCCAACCUGCGGUCAAGGAAGGUAAACACAAAAAAGUCCACCUCGGUUGGUAUGUCCGAGUGCUGUGCCUGUCCACAGUCUGACAAGCGUGUGUCAUGAGCACUAUUGUGUUGGAGACAGCUCUUGCCUUGACCGCACUUGUGUCAACGUGAAUACAUCUCUACCCCCCCCCCCCCCACCUCCUCCACCCUCAUUCUAGGUUCUUCCAUACGGCGUAAAGGGCGGGAGGAAGAGGUGUGGUCUUGGGGAAGCUUGUGUUUACAUUGUGUUGUCAUUUUUUUUUUCCUUUUCUAACCUUGCUACCUCCUACUUACCCUUUCCAAGAUUUCUGUGUUCUCUCUAUUUUCAGAUGUCUUUCAGCCGGGCAGGUGCUGUCUAAAGAAGAGAACUCAUAAAUUCAUUCUUUGACUUUGACUCUUUCAAACCAAGUCCUUGUAUUCACAAGGCUCCGAUGUUGGUGCCAGGGUGUAAGACAUGGAUCUGCUGCCUUACUCUCGCUGUUCUGGUAGUGUCUGUACGUCAUACGGAUGGAUCGGCCGGCCCAUCCGGGCCAAACGUGUUAGAAAUUGAAAUGGCCCCCCUACCUCUAGUAAUGCCUGGAGUAUGGGACGGUCAGCAGUCAACCAUUCCGCCUUCUAACGCUGUGAAUGUAGAAAAAAGUGGACAUGACCAUACCCAAACUGGGGCAGAGGAGAAGGAGGAAGGAGCACCACUUGGGAUGGACCUCCAAAAGCUGGAGGAGCGCAGGAAGAAGAGAGGAGCCUGGGGCAUGAGGAGACACGCUGCUACUGUUGAGGCCACUGCAUACAGACUGGCGGGACUGGGGCGACCCCUAGCGGGCUGGAAGAGGCACAACAGUAAGAAUCAGCUAACUGGGGCCCUGAUGUCUGUACUAAAGGAGCUUCAUACAGAAAAAAACCGGCUGCUGGACGCAGAAAAAAACACAAAGGGCAAGAAUGAGGAGGAAGAGGAAGAGGAUGAUGAUGACGAUGAGGAUGAUGACGACGAGGAGGAGGAGGAGGAGGAAGAGGAAGAGGAAGAAGAGGUUUGGGUUCUUGCAAUGAUCUUAAAAACAAAGGGCAGAGCGGCAUAUUCAUGAUACCGUUUUUUAAGU